AUGGGCACUGUAGUUCUUUCUCCUCCUUCUACUCCUGCAGAAUAUUUCAGAAUAGUUUCUCCAACCCUUCAAAUUCCAUCGCCUGGUACUGGUAUCAGUGUCCCUGUUGGAAUUUUGGCCUGUCAACGUGAUCCUUUCUUAAAAAAGAUAGAAACAAUUGUGAUUGCAUGUACUGUAUCUCAGCCGCCAUCAACUCCCGCAGGCAAGAAAACCAAGAAGGCAGUAUCUGCUCCAACUCUUCCCAAUGAACCGAUCUUAGAGGUCAUUCUGCAUGACACAGUAAUCUUUCCGGAAGGAGGCGGUCAACCUACUGAUACUGGUGUUAUCACUACCUCAGAUGGCAAGACGUGGUCUGUUUUGCAAGCCAAGCGAAAUGGAGGGCAUGCUGUGCACUAUGUCAAGGUCGAGGGGGGAGAUUUGGAAUCGGCUUUGUUAGUCUUCACUCCUGGGUCUACGGUCACUGCAGCCUUAGGACAAGAUGAUUAUGAUAGAAGAUAUGAUCAUAUGUCUAUGCAUACCUCUCAGCAUCUUCUUUCUGCUCUCCUAGAAACUCGAUUGAAUCUUCCUACUCUGUCCUGGUCUCUAACAAACGCCCCAUCUCCCUGUUAUAUCGAAGUUCCUCAUGGAAUGACUGUUGAAGAAAUUAGGUUCAUCCAGUCGGAAGCCAAUCGUCUAGUAUUUGAAGGCAGACAAGUCCAUACCGAAGUGGAAGAGCUUGAUCGGGAUAAGAAAGCCGCUCCAGUUGUGAUAGGUGGUAGAUCUGUUGGAAAAGGUUUGCCCUCAGAUUAUACGGGUGGAGUGAAUCGAGUUGUCGUUAUUGAUGGCGUGGACCGAAAUCCAUGCUGUGGAACUCAUCUGCCAACUAUCCAUAACCUUCAGCUCUUCCUCCUUCCGCAUACCGAUACCAUGUCGCGCUCCAACACUACAUCCGCUCGGCUAUAUUUUUUAUCUGGCCCUCGCCUGAUUAACUAUCUGACUUCCGCACACGACCUUCUGACCAGUACCGCCUCUAUCUUAAGCUGUGGUGCACCGUUGGUACCGGAGCGUGUAUCUCAAGUAGUGGAUGAGCGAAAGAAAUCUGAAAAGCACAUCACGGAUUUGGAAUUGGAGUUAGCGAAACGUAUUAGCGCCGAAUUAUCAUCUGAAGCUACAGUUGGAUCUGGAAAUGACGGCUACAUUUUCAGAAAACAUCUUCAUCGCACUGACGAUGGUGGUAAUGUUCUCGGGUUUUUAUCUGCCAUCUCAGUUGCUUUCUCUGAGCAAAUGGCACAUUCUCAGAUUCCCUACUUACUCGUUUUUACCUCAACUCCUUCAGCGCAGAUAACAAGCAGUACUACUGUGGUCAUGGUUGUAGGUUCUGAUGAUAAGGAGGUUAAAACGAUUGGAGAAUAUCUCAAAUCACAAUUGGGGGUGAAAGGCGGGGGAAAGGGACUAAAGUGGAGUGGUAAAUAUACCGGGGUCUGGAAAGAGAAGAAUGAAGGCGAGAGAGUGAACCACAUACUCAACAAUGUUCAAUAG